CGACGCGCGAGUUGCUGGAUUGAAAGCAUUUGCUAUUGGCACUCAACUCGCUCGCAUUCCGCUUAACUUUUAAUAUUGCCGUUGCGCGUACGCAGUUUCAUUGUGGUACGGACUGGUGGCGUGUGCUAAAGUCUUCCCGGUGCUCCGUGUUCUGUUUUGUACCGCGUGGUAGUGGAUCGCACACGCGCGCUCGCCGAUUCUGUUGGUCGGUGGUUUGUUGUUUUGAAAUUCAGCAGACACUACGCGAAAUAAAAUUGUGUUGAUGCGAAGCUGCCGUUAAGUUUGAGGUGAAAUUGAAAUUGAAUUUCAAUAUUUGUUAAAAAAAAACCAAAGAGAAGACACACAUUCAUAAUUAUAAAAAUGGCUGUGGAUUACGUGCUCGAGGACCUAAUGGCUAAGCUUGGCGAAUUCGGUCGCUAUCAGGCCAUACAGUUCUUUCUCCAAGUACUCUCAGGCGUGACAGCGGGUCUUCAUAUGCUUUCACUAGUUACAGUUGCUGCCGUACCCGAACACAGAUGCUUCAUUGAGGGUGUCGACAACAGCAGUUAUUCUUUCACACCGUGGAACUCCUCCGACAUACUCGCCGCUAUACCCUUGAAACCGUCUGGCGAGCUGGACAACUGUCACAUGUACGAUGCACAGAAUAACACCGUCGCCUGCAAAUCAUACGUUUACGAUCGUACAUAUUAUCAAGACUCACGUGCUAUAGAUUGGGAUUUAGUUUGCGAUCGCCGAUGGCUCGGCGCUGUUGCUCAGACCGUGUUCAUGCUGGGCGUAUUCACUGGCGCUGUAACUUUAGGCGGUCUGGCCGAUAAAGUCGGACGUAAGACGGUGUUCUGCUGGUCGGCGUUACUGCAAUUGGUGCUUGGUGUUGCUGUCGCUUUCAUACCAGAGUAUUUCUCCUUUAUGGCUACUAGAUUCUUUUUGGGCAUGUUCGGUUCGGCUGGUGCGUACAUUUGCGGUUUCGUACUCACCAUGGAAUUGGUGGGCGCUAGUAAACGUACCGCUUGUGGCAUUACAUUCCAGGCUGUAUUUGCUGGCGGCAUCAUGUUGGUAGCCGGUUGGGGUGCAUUGUUUAAGGAACGUCAGUUGCUGCAAAUUGUUUAUGGCUUACACGGUUUGCUCUUCAUCGGUCAUUGGUGGUGGCUGGAUGAGUCGCCACGUUGGCUGUGGAUGCAGGGUCGAGCUGAGGAAGCGAUAGAUAUUGUUAUCAAAGGUUUACGUAUUAACGGUUCCGGCAUACCAGUGGAUAAGAACUAUUACUUGCAGAAGGCCAAUCAACAGACAGCGUUGGAGGAGAAAUCAUCUGCCAGUUUAGGUGAUCUCUUCCGUACGCCCAACCUCAGAACGAAGACACUAAAUGUUUGCCUUUGCUGGUUCGCCAACUCCAUCGCCUAUUACGGUCUCUCACUUAGUGCGGGCAAAUUGUAUGGCAAUCCUUUCCUCAUACUCUUCGUAAUGGGCCUCGUUGAAUUCCCCAGCUACUUCACUAUUAUCAUGAUAUUAGAUCGAUUGGGACGUCGUCCCAUCACCAGCACCCUCAUGCUUGCUGGCGGCGUGUGUAGCAUUGUAGCUGCGUUCAUAACACAAGGUAGUACCACUUCAACGGCUAUCGUGAUGGUGGGAAAACUUUUCAUAGCCGGCUCCUUCGCUGUGAUUUAUAAUUACUCGGCCGAAUUGUUUCCAACUGUUGUACGCAAUUCGGCAAUGGGCUUGGGUUCGAUGUGUGCACGUUUUUCUGGCGCGCUUACACCGCUCAUUACGCUACUCGACUCGUUUGAUCCGAAAAUUCCAGCCGUCACAUUCGGUCUCAUAGCACUGGUAUCUGGUAUUUGGGUAAUGUUUUUGCCAGAGACAAUGGAUCAACCUAUGCCCGAGUCCUUGGAGGAUGGCGAAAACUUCGGCAAGGGUGAUACGUGGUUUGCGCAAUGCGCGGGACGUAAACGCAGAAGAGACAGUAUUUACCCAGAGGAUCCCGAACAGAUGGUGCCCUUAAAGACAAUGAACAAAUAGUGUGGAGGAUCUCGGUUGCCGAUGAAGAACUGCUGAUACUCUGAGUUUUCGUUAUUUUCUUUUUUUUUUUUAACAAACUUUCGUAUUACUAUUAGUGCUUGUUAGUUACAUAAGUAGUGGAUUGUUUUGAAAUUUGUUACCUCGGUUUAACGUUGAAUUUCCGUUUUUAUAGAUUAAGUUUCCUUUGCAUCAAUUCAAUAUUGGAUUUACCGUAUUUUUCAAUGUCACGUGUUUUAUUGUUGCUACGAACGCUGUCCAAGUUUCCAAGUUUCCAACUUAUAAAAGUACAUAAA